AUGGCAGCUCUCCGCCAGCGCCCUGGCAAAGGAUCCCCUCCUUCAUCGAAGAGUGGGAUGAGCGAAAAUGAAUACGACCACAUAGAUUACACGCCCACCUCGUCAGGGAGCGAGGAGGAGCUGUCUUCCGGCUCAAAGAACAGAGUCAAGGCGGAGGAUGCAGGCGAGGCAGGGCAAUCCAGACGCAGAUGGUCCAUCAGUGUCCUCGAUCUCUGCCGGGUCAUAUUUUUGCUUGUUCUCACCUCCUGCGCGCUGUCAUACUAUAUCACCACCGACUCUGUGCUCUGGGGCUAUAAACCCAAGUUCCUGCGCUGGGCUGCUGUGAAAACCUAUCUCCGCGGGCCCUUGGAACUCACACCAGCACAACUCGCCCUCUACAACGGCACCGACCCCUCCUUACCCAUCUAUGUCGCCGUCGACGGCGUAAUCUUCGACGUCUCCGCGAACCCGCGCAUCUACGGUAAGGGCGGCAGCUACAACAGCUUCGCCGGUGCCGAUGCCACGCGCGCCUACGUCACUGGCUGCUUCUCGGAGGAUCGCACGCCGGACAUUCGCGGCGUCGAACUCAUGUACAUCCCCGUCGAAGACGACGAUGAGAACCCCCUCGAGCUGGCGAUGAGUAAGAAGCAGAAGCAGGCGCGGCGCAAGGAGGAGUGGAAUGCGGCGGUGGAGAGUGUGUCGAAGCAGGUGAUGCAUUGGAAGGAGUUUUUCGCCAACCAUGAAAAAUAUGUGCAGGUUGGCAGGGUUGUUGGGAUUGAGAAGUUGAUGCAGGGGCCGGAGAGGGAGUUGUGCCAGGCGGCGCAGAAGAUGAGGCCGUUGAGAUCGAAGCUUAAUGCUGCGAAAAUGAAAUUUCUAGAGCAAUUUGGUGAAUUUGUGCUAAGGUGA